UUUCCCACUCCAGUUAUGAAGAAUAAAAUGUUAGCUGAAGCAACACUUACUGGUUGGCCUAGAUGCUGUCAGCUGUAUAAACGAUUACAAAAAGAACUAUUGGCAUUUCAAAAUGAUCCACCUCCAGGAAUGACUCUAGAUGAAAAGAGUGUACAAAAUUCAAUUACACAGUGGAUUGUAGACAUGGAAGGUGCUCCAGGAACACUCUAUGAAGGGGAAAAAUUUCAGCUUUUAUUUAAGUUUAGUAGUCGAUAUCCUUUUGAUUCUCCUCAGGUCAUGUUUACUGGAGACAAUAUCCCUGUUCAUCCUCAUGUUUAUAGCAAUGGUCAUAUCUGUUUAUCCAUUCUAACGGAAGACUGGUCUCCAGCCCUCUCAGUGCAAUCUGUUUGUCUUAGCAUUAUUAGCAUGCUUUCCAGCUGCAAAGAAAAGAGGCGACCUCCAGAUAACUCAUUUUAUGUAAGAACAUGUAACAAGAAUCCAAAGAAAACAAAAUGGUGGUAUCAUGAUGACACAUGUUGAUGCCACCAUUUUGUGAUCCUCGUAGCAGAAGAUAGUCCUACUGAGAAAAUGAGCACUUUGAUCAUUCAGUCUUUGAACUUUAACCUUUGACUGGAAGUGACCUAUAGGCAAUGAAGACUACUUCCUUUGACUGCAUUUUUACUAGUGUGCAUUCUGGGCGCAUGUUGAUCGCUGGUUCAGUCCAUGCAACUGACAUGCUUUUAUUAGUCAUACAGUAUUAAUGCAGGUGUCCAGAAAUGUCAGAAUAAUUCCAUUAUUUUUAUUUUAAGCUUUUGGAAGAAUUCCAGGUCUUCAUAUAUUGUGCAAUAACACUGAGCUCCUUGGCGGUUUUGGUGCAUCCAUUGCCGGCAAUGGACAUUGUACCAGGGAAAGGUUUUGCUCCUGCCACAAAAAAGAUUGACACAUGACUGAGCUUAUGAAAGUUUUAAAUAUAUUUGGAAUAUAAGCAAGGGAUUGACAAUUACCUGAAAUCCAGCCCAUUCUUUUAUAUUUGGAUUCUAUGCACUGUGACCACAAAACUAGCAGCAUGAGUUAACAUGCCUACCUGAAGGACUGUAAUAAGAUCAUUACGUAUUUAUGAAAUUGUUUAUCUGCUGUCAAAUUGUUUUGACAUGGGCGGUUUUUCAAGUGACAUUGGCAGAGAGGUACAAUGUUAUCCCUAUGGUGAAAUAAAACUACUUUUUGUAUAUAGUUAUUCAUAUCUCUGAAGCAAAGGUAUGAGUAAUUUAGGGUAUGAAUGAUUUAAACAAGAAUUUAUUUUGGAGAUAGAGGAUGGCAGUGAUGUAACUGAACUUGCUGCAGUCCGUAAUUGGGCUUGUAAUUUGUACUUUAGAGCUUUUUCCAAAUAGAUUGCACACUGUUAUUUCCUGCUAGCCAUCAGCAUGAGCCCUACUGCCUACACCAAUAUUUCAUUUAUUUAUGUGUUCAAAAGCAAUCCAUAUAACAUUUUUUGUUUGCAUUCACCGUUUCUUUUGUGUUGUAUGUCAUGUUUGAAUGUUACAAAACAAUAUUUUGAUUGAAAAGCUUUGUCAGAAGAUAUUUUCAUGUAAAUUAUUUCUUUAUCUUGUAAGCAUCAUCUUGUCUUUUAAUCCUGUAUUAUAAAAAGAAAAAUACAUUUUUGACAGAGGCUUAAAGUUUUCACAAAAAAGUGUGGACCUUCUUAUUUAAGUUUAGUCUAAAGUAUAUUUUCUUAACUUCUUUGUCCCAUGUAGCCAUGCCAAUUUUUCCAGGCUUUUCUUCACCAAAAAGGGGGAAAAGCCUAAAAUCAGACAUUUGUUUGUGGAGAAACAUUUACUGAAAUGACAGUUGUUCUCAGCACUCUGUAAUAUUUUGAUACUGCAAUUAGGUUGUCUUUUUAGGAAGCACUUUUAUAAACUAAAUACCUUUACACAUAUGCAAAAUUUCUAUAAUUUUUUUUUACUGUUGCCUUAUUGUUGCACUCAAAAAAAAAAUUUCAAACAAUUAAUGCAUGAAUGUCUAAAUCAAGUAAUAGCUUGAUGUAAAAACAAACAAAAGCAAAAAAAAAAAAAAAAAUCCCUAAACCAAAUCCACAAUGACUAGCUACAAUAAAAAACAGAAAAUUGGCUGAAAAGACUGAUUUUUUUUUUAAUCUGCUGUAUGAUAACUGAUGUUUUAUAGCCUUGUACAUACUUCUCUGUUACCUAUUGUUUAAAACACUUUAAAAAAGUAUAGAUGCUUAACUCAGGGGGGAUAGAGUUUAGAUGGAUUUGCUUCAGAGAAGUAUUUUGUACAGCAUCAGAACUGUAGAUACUGGCAGUGAAGUGAGGCUACAAUAUACUUCAGGAACUGCUCUUUUUUUUUUCCUACUGUACUGAAAUAAUCUCUUGGCCUUUAAAACUCAAUGGUAAAAUCCAGCUUUGGAUAUAAAUUUGAUGUGUGUAUAUAUUUUCACAAUGAGCCUUGGAAACAUUGAAUUAAUUUUCUUUUAAGAGCCAAAAAAAAGCUGUUUUAAACAGAAGAAAUACUUAUGCUCUAAACUAUUUGUUUAGCAAAAUUUUAUUAUUCUGAGAUCAUCAAACUGGUUAGUUUUGGAAAUGGUUCAUAUGAACAAGCAGUAAUCUGAUACUCAAUCUGUAUAGUUUUGUUCACUGCUCUGUAGAAUUGAAACAGUUGAGAAUUUCAUGUAUGACUGGUUCAUAUAGUAGAUCCUAUCAAAAUAAUCCACAGGAAAGAGACCUUAAUGUGACCACGUAAUGUCUGAAGAAAUGGCUUAAGUACAUCUGAAAUUCAGUUACCUUUUCAUAUAGUGGCUUGGGAAACAACAAUACAUGGUUUCAGAGAAGCUUCAUGACAUAUCACAUGUAUUUUGUUGAAGAUGAGUAUUGUAGUGCAAAGCAUUAUGCAUUUUAUUGACCUGUGCUGUCACAUGGACUAUAGUGAAGUUAAAUAACCAAAUUUAUGCUGCUCUUUAAUAAACCCCACCCCCUAUAAUAUAUCUUUAUUUAGAUCAAGAAAAUGCAAGGUAGAUUAGAGGAGAAUGUACCUCAGGUCUUAUAGUUUACAGUAGAAAUGCCUCAUUGGUUCUCUUGUAGAUCUGUGGGUAAGUUCACCUAUAUAGAGAGAGCCAAGACAAAGCUUAUAUACCACUCAAGCCCUCAAGAUAAUGCAACUAUUUUGACAAUGCUAUGAUGUCCUGAAAAAGUGCCAUCCUUUCCCAAGGGUGACCCUGUGUAUGUAACUUUCUUUCACUUGGAAUUUCUCACAUGGAAUAGUUACAGAAUUGGCUUGAAACUAUCUUGCUUUUAUUUUGUGUCAAUAUUCAUGUUGUUAAACACUUUGUUUUGUGUUAAGUGUCUUUAUACUAUAACACAAUAAAUUCUUGUUUUAAAAUAGAUUACUACCCUUGAAUGGAAAUACGUGUGGACCUUUUCAUGGUGCAGUGCAGAAGCACAGUUCCUAACAUUCAGCCACUCUUAAGACAAAGUUGCCAGUGAUUCUGAAAUGUUGUGAUGCAUCUCAGAGGAGGAAUUUGUAUAGCAGCAAGGUGUUUCCUCAUCCUCCAGAGGGUAUCAGUUGUAACAGCUGGAAGAAAUAGUUAAUUAAAAAAAAAAAAAAAUCACUAAUAUGCUUUCAUUUAAAAUGCUUUCAUUUCUCACAGAUGAACAAAUAGUUCUUUUAUUUUUUCCUUUUUUUUUUCUUUUUUUUUUUUUGCUAUUUGACAAACACUUAAAAUACUUGAUGAGAAGUUUCAGAUGCAGGAUUCUUGUUUGCCUGCAGUGGUGGGAAGAGAGUUUCUAUUAUUAUGUCAGCAUCGUUCAGAACGUUUAAUCAAAUCUCUGCCUCAUACCAAUAACUGAUUUCAGUUUCGUGCAUUUUUUUCCAAAGGAUGAUGUCUUUUGCUUUGUAAAAGGCAAGGCACUGCAUACCUAAAACAUGUAUUUUUAUGAAAAAUUAAGUUUUUAAAAUUAAUAUAUUUUCUAUAGUGAAGUUUAUUCUAAAUGUUUGAUUUUUUUUAAUUUACAACUUUUUUUUGAAAGUCUGACAAAACCCUAAGAUGUGAACUGUAUUUAAAGGUAUGCUUUAAGGAGACCAUACAAUUUCCAGGUCAGUAAUUAAUGAUGUUUUAAAAAGAGAGGGGGAAAAAAAACCCUAAUUAAAUUAAAAGAUUUGCAAAAAUGCAGCUAUAGAGUUUGAAGAUUUGGAGGAAGUCAAUACAGUUUUUGCCGCCUCUGGUAGAGCAGUUGAGCAUUAUGUUGUGUUUGUAUGCUCACAAAUCCUGAUCCUUCUAAAGAACAGGUUUGAAUGAAUUUUCUUUUAAAACCAGUUACUUUUAAUCCAUAUCACCCGGUCCAGUUUGGAUUUACACAGUGGUACCUGAAUAGUUGGGAGAUGAUUUGAAUAAGGGGAAUUAAGCCAUCUUAGUGAUAUUUCAAAAUGUAAUUUUCUAGUAAAAGGUGGCUUAUGAUAUUUAGAAAUACAAAUUUGAAAAUACUUAGUCUCUGUUUUUAUUUCAUUUUACUGAUAUAGCAGUGCAGGAAAAUCUAUUCACUCUUCAUUUCUUUUUCUUGCAGAUUUUAUGUACUUUUAAAAAUAGGGUUAAAUUUUGAUCAGCUAAUUCAAUGUAGCAAAUUCUCUCUGCAGCUACUUCAAGUGAUUUUUUUAAAAGUUACAAAGUAAGAGUAUUGUAACAUUGAAGUUCCAAAGUAAUGAGUGAAACCUGUAUGGCAAAACCAUAUAGGUUUCAUUCAGAUAGUUAUUUUGUAUUUGAAAACCAAAAAUUAAAUGCAAAAUCAAUUGACUGUGCAGUGUAUUUAAGUCUAGAGAUUGGAUUUAUAAGCCUGUGCCCUUAGUCUCUAAUAUAAUACUUCAUAGGAGCUUUAAUAUGUGAGUCAGUGGUAGUAGGUUAGAUGGUAUUUAAUUCCCUCUACUUUGCAUACAUGCUAUGUGCAGUGUAACUUUGUCUUUUGAAGUGACAUUUUACUCUUGACCUCUGCUGGUGAAGGAGGGGCUUACAAGAGACUUCUGAAUAGGAGUCCAGUGAAGAGUUGAAAACCAUAAUGUUGGCCUCAAAGAAAGAUGUUACAAUCUGGAUUCCUGUAACACUUACCACAGUUCUUCCCUCAUGCUGGCCUGUUUUUUGUUAUUUAAAAUCUCCAUGGUAACACCUUAAAACUUUUGUCCUGACUUCAGCAACUGGGGAACCUGUUUUCUUCAAGCCCUUUGAAGUGCUUUGUGCCAAGUAGGUCAGGGUUAAGUCUCUUCAGAUGAACAUUCUGGGCCCUUUCUCUUCCCAGGAGUACAAUAUCAUCUGGAUGCUGCUAAUGCAGUUCUCCAGGGCAUUUAAUCCCUAAAGAUAAAAUCAAGCAUGGUUUCUGCUAUUACCUGAGAAAGAGGAAUUUGUUCUCCUUCCUUUCCAGUCUAAUGGUUUACAUUCCUACCUUGCAUCUAACUUUAUUCUCGAAUCUGCACUGAGGUGAUUUAACCUGGUAAACCAGUAGGAAACCAACUUGAAAAAGUGGAAGCCUGUCUUCUCAAUUAGCAAAUUAGAUCAGGUUGCUGCAUAAGCAGUAGUUUUAGAGCUAGUGCAAAAAAAUUGAAAGAUUUAUGUAGCUGGGGUUUGGAAGGUGGGGGCUAGAACAGGAUUUUUAUCUUUAGAAUUUUCUGCAUUUUGAAAUAUUAUGUAAAAUAUUGGCAACCUUGUGUUAUGCAGAAGCUGUGUGAUGUGGUAUGAGAAGCCUGAGAACUGGAGGUCUGAACUGCCUAUAACAAUCUGUGGGAGAGGACUCUCCUAUAUUUUUUAACUCUUUUCCAAUAAAAAAAUCUGAAGUUGUUCCAAAAUGUUCAAACCAUCUGUUACCUCUCCAUUUAGAUGCCUUGAGUUUUAGUGCUCAGGAACAGGGUGGCUUUUUGUGUUUCAGUGGGUGGUUUAUUGUUGUUGUUGUUUUGUUUUUUUGGUUUUUUAAAUGUAGCAAGUCUGUAGUGAUUGUUCUGUGAGGAUAUUUUUAGUAAACUUUUUAUCAGAUCACUGUUGUCAAACCUUAAUCAAAUAUAGUUUUAUAUAGUAUUAAGUAUAGUUGUAUCCAUAACAAGUAUACGGAUGUGGGGGAAACUGUUUAAAAAAUGCCAGUUAUUUUCCAGAAAAAAAGGCACUAAUAUUACAAAUAAAAUAUUCUUGAGAUUAGAAAAGCCAGGUGUAUUUACACUCAUCUAACAUAGAAAACACUUGUGUCCCAAGUCUCAGAGGUCUCAUUUGUCUAUUGUAUACUUCAAGAAUGGGACUCUUGCACUCUGGUAGGAGGUUUUCAAGACAAAACCACACUGGUUGCCACUUCAUCCCUUUCUCUGAAGGUCUUGUUCAAGGAACGGAUGAAACAUGAUGGUUUUUAUCUGUAUUUAUUUGUGCUGGGUCAGUGAAGAGUGUGUGAAAGCUUCUACUCUGACUGAUGAUGAAGUGUGAAUAGCUCUUGUGUCUCCCAUUCUCUCAACUGUCCAUAUGUCUGCACAAAACAUUGUUAGCUGUGGUGCACAUGCACAGAAUAAAGUACAUUUUACUUA